AUGGCUAAAGAACAUAAAGAAUAUCCUCACAUAUCAUUACCUGUACCUCAAAUGAAAUCAAAUUACGAUGUGGUGGUUAUCGGGUCAGGUUAUGGCGGUGCCAUUGCAGCUUCACGAAUUUCAAGAGCUGGAAAACGCGUUGCCUUGCUAGAAAAAGGAAAAGAAAGAUGGCCUGGAGAAUUUCCAACUAAACUAAGAGAUUGCCUAAAAGAAGUUCAAUAUAAUUCACCAAAGAGAAAUACUGGUAACAAAACUGGAUUGUAUCAAUUUUAUAAUGGGAGUAAUCAAGAUGCUGUGGUAGCUUGUGGCCUCGGGGGUACUUCCCUUAUUAACGCAAAUGUAGCUCUUGAAGCCGACGAUCGUGUGUGGCAGAUGUCCGUUUGGCCUAAUGAAAUCAGAAAUGACCACCAAAGUUUAAAAAGAGGUUAUGAAAGAGCUAGAGAAAUGCUCGAACCAGUUUCUUACCCUUCAAACUUACCUGAUUUGCCCAAAUUAAAAACUUUAGAAGAACAAGCGAAAUUAUUGGGAGAUAAAUAUCAUAAAAAUUUCUCGAGAGUGCCUAUCACUGUUACAUUUGAAAAUCGUGUAAAUGCUGCAGGAGUACGUCAGCGCGCAUCAACGUUAACUGGAAAUGACUGUACAGGAAUUAAUGACGGUAGUAAAAAUAGUACCCUAAUGAAUUACAUACCUGACGCAUGGAAUCAUGGAUGUGAAAUUUUUUGUGAAUGUAGCGUUCAGAGAAUUAAAAAAUGUGAUAAAACCAAUAAGUAUAUUAUAUUUUACGAAUGGUUAGAUGACAAACGCACCAAUUUUUCGGAAGAGAGUCGUUAUUGUCCUUUCUUUGUUAUCGCUGAUGUAGUGUUCCUCGGUGCUGGCACUCUUGGAUCGAAUGAGAUCCUAUUACGGUCAAGAUCGUAUGGUUUAAAAGUUAGCGAUCGUCUAGGGAAAGGAUUUAGUGGUAAUGGGGACAUUUUUGGAUUUGGUUAUAACAUGGAUAAUUUUGUUAAUAGUAUUGGAUCAGGAGAUCAUGAUGCGUCUAAUAUGAAAGCUCCGGUUGGCCCAUGUAUUACCGGUAUCAUUGAUAUGCGCCAUGAUGCUGAAAAUGUUCUCAAGGGAUAUGUGAUUGAAGAAGGGGUCAUUCCCCCUGCUAUGGGCAAAUCCUUCCAACUUUUCCUCAAAUCAGGAAGUACCCUGGUUGGUUCCAAGCCGAAAAAUCUUACAUAUUCACAAUCUAUUAACAGAAGAUUGAGACAGAUUAGGUCAGCAUUUGGAGGGUAUUAUACUGGCGCCAUAUCACAUACUCAAACUUACUUGAUCAUGUCACACGAUGAUAACACGGGUCAAUUAGAAUUGGUAAAUGAUCGAUUGAAGAUGGAAUAUAAAGGUGUAGGUACUUCGGAUACAGUGAUGGAAUUGAAUAAGGUUUUAGAAGACGUUACAAUUAAAUCGAAUGGAACUUAUAUACCAUCUCCGUUGUGGUCAAAACUUCUUGGAAGUGGAAUGCUUACGGUUCAUCCAAUUGGAGGUUGUGGUAUGGGCAAUGAUGGAAAAUCUGGAGUUGUAAAUCACAAAGGCCAGGUGUUUACCGGAGAAAACAAUCAUGUUCAUGAAGGUCUUUACGUAUGUGAUGGUGCAGUUAUACCAACUUCUCUUGGAGUCAAUCCAUUUUUAACUAUUAGUGCAUUUUCCGAACGAAUUUGUGAAUAUGCAGCAAAAGAUCGUGGGUGGACAAUUGAUUAUGAUCUUGUUAAUAAACCAAUUGAUUUUGAUCAUCCGUUGAAACUUUAUGAACAAAAUGAACGUGAUUUAAUAAAAAGACCGAGAAAAGGUCACGAGUUAGACGGUGGGAUACGUUUCACCGAAGUCAUGAGAGGUUAUUUUUCGACAGAAGUUUUAUCAACAGAUUAUGCCACUGCUGAAUUACAAGCAAGAUCUGCAAAUUCAACAAUGCAAUUUUUGUUGACAGUAAUUGCUUAUAGCGCAGAGACAAUUGUUGACAUGGAUGAUCAUUCAGCAUUGAUUACUGGCACUGUAUCGUGUCGAGCUUUAUCCCCUGAUCCAUUGCUUGUAUCACGUGGAAAAUUCCGUUUGUUCAUCCCAGAAACUGAUAAAGUUGAUUCUAAUAGAAUGAUGUAUAAUUUGAAUUUACGCGCUACUGAUGGAACAAGAUAUCGGUUCAAAGGAUAUAAAUUAGUUAAGAAUGGCAAAAUGAGAGACGCGUGGGAACAAACUACAAAUUUAUAUGUUACAGCAACUGGACCAACAAAUGUAUCAAGGAUCAGAGCCAUGUUUACGUUCAAUGAUUUCUUUGCAACGACCAUGUUAAAACACGUAUUUUCCAGAUUCCUUCCUUUAGAAUAUCCCAGCAAAACUUUUCCAGUUGCAAAACCAUUUUAUCAUCAAAGUAGACCGCAUAAAGAGGUAUGGGAAAUAACUGCCGAAGAUGGUGUUAAAAUUACAUUAGUCAGAUACCAAGGUGGAAGAAAAGGGCCACUCCUUUUAAUUCAUGGAGCCGCUAUGACGCAUGAAAUGUGGUCAACCAAUUUAAUAAGGAAUAACUUAUUGGAUUAUCUUUUGGGACAUGGAUAUGAUGUAUUUUUAGUUGAUCAUCGUUUAUCGCCAAAAAUUUCAGCAUCUAAAGAACAACACACUCUAGAUGGUAUUAGAUUAGAUCUCGCCGCUGCUGUCAGUAAAGUUCGGGACGUUACUGGUGUUGAGAAAAUUGGUAUAAUCGCUCAUUGCGUUGGAUCGAUAUCGACAUUUAUGGGAUUAUUAGAUGGAAAAAUCGAAGGGGUUGGAUGUCUGAUUGGUUCUCAAGUUGCAAUGCACCCUAUACUUGGUUUUUGGAAUAAUGUCAAGUUGCAUUUACAAAUCCUUCCAUUAUGGAGACACUUAUUACGUCAAACAACAUUUGAUGUAAGAACGUCUCCAGAUACUAAUUUACUCAACAAAUUUGUUAAUCAGUUAUUACGUUUCUACCCAGUACCAAGGAGUCAAACUUGUCGUAGUGCGUUAUGUCAUAGAGCGUCUUUAUGUUAUGGUAUAUUAUAUCAACAUGAAAAUCUUAACCAACAAAUUCAUGAUCAUCAACAUGAAUUUUUCGGAAGCGUGAACCUUACUACGAUGCAACAUCUAAAUAAUAUGGCACAAAAGAAAAUGAUCUUAAAUUAUCAGGGUCAAAGUGUUUAUGUCACACAAGAAAAUAUUCGUAAUAGAUUGAAUUUCCCAAUUUGUUUAAUUCACGGAGAAAUGAACUCUGUGUUUGAUUUGACAGCGACGAAAAAGAGUUAUGAUAUUUUACGAACGACAAACGGCAUCGAUAAUUAUGUCCAUCAUGAAAUUGAUAAAUAUGGUCAUUUAGAUUGCUGGUGGGGAACUAACGCAAUCAUGGAUGUAUUCCCUAAAGCAUUAAGACAUUUAGAAGAAACGCAACAUUUAUGGGGAUAUCAUGCUGGUCAACCAAGAAAAGGUUUUCACCCUUCUAAUGAUACUUCUAGUGAUGAUUAA